GCAUUGUGUUGCGCUUGGGUCAUACCCAAACGAGCUGUGAAAGUUGGGGGAGGUGCCCUGCGCGUCUUCGGUAUUUUCCUGUCAUUGUACCGGGGAGGUCAGUCAAGAUGGGCAAUGCACAGAACAGGGAGCGUCACCGCUCCAGCGACUCACCUGGUGGCUCAGCAUCACCUGUGGGCCGCUUCAGCGACUCACCGUUUGUCUUCGACCACGACCGACGGCGCCACUCGUCGGCGCAGGAGGAGUCGCCGCUGGUGCUGCCGUCUGGCGGGCGGCGCGCCAGCGGCGUGGAAGGCACGGCGCCGCCGUCUGCGCAGCACGCGCCGCUAAGCGCGCAGCGCUCGGUGCCGAUCGGCGUACCACGAGCCAGCCCCGAGCCGUCGGCCGACGGCGGCCAGGCGGCCGCGCGCCGUCUGCCCGUCGUCAUCCAGUGGCGCAAGGGUGGCCGCGACGUGCAGCUGUGUGGCAGCUUCACCGGCUGGAAGCCGAUUCCGAUGGCGCGCAGCGAGAGCCACCUAGACUCGGAGCACAUGAGCAUCGUCAACCUGCCCGAGGGCCAACACGAGUACAAGUUCCGCAUCGACGGCGAGUGGGUGGUGGACACCAGCGAGCCCACCGUCGACACGCCGUCCGGCGACAAGAACAACUACAUCACGGUGCGCGUCGACGACUUCAGGGCCUGCGACGCGCUCAACAUGGACACGGUGCCAGCUGGCCACGAGCUGUCCGGCUCGCCGCCCGGCUGCUACUCCCAGGAGCUGCCGCAGCCCAAGCCGUGGAUGCCGGCGCAGCCGACGCAGCCGCCGGCACUGCCGCCGCACCUGUUGGAGGUGAUCCUCAACAAGGACACGCCCAGCUCGUGCGAGCCCACGUUGCUGCCUGCGCCCAACCACGUCAUGCUCAACCAUCUGUACGCGCUGAGCAUUAAGGACGGCGUGAUGGUGCUCAGCGCCACGCACCGCUAUCGUAAGAAGUACGUCACCACGCUGCUGUACAAGCCCAUCUAGGACGGGCGGCGGCGGCUCCGGCCGCGGCGGGCGGGGCGGGUCGCUCGGUCGACGCCCUGCGGCCCGCCCUUAGGGUCCGCCGGAGCGACGCGGCCCGACCGGCAUGGGUAGCGGCUGUUGGCGCCCCCUCUUCCGGCUGGUGGUGCUGGCUGUUCCUCUGUCGUCGGGCCGAUCGACGGGUGACGUGUGCGAAGACUAACGCCCAUAUCAUGUGUAGCUGAUCGUGUUUUAUGCAACUUAAUGGUGGCUGGUGGAGAAGCUGAUGUUUUUGGUGUAUACUGUAUUUGGAUGAAAUGGGCGCGCAGGGUCUCUUUCUCAUUGAGUUCUGAGGCUGUUUGUCCGGCCCCGGUUGUGCUUUUUACACUGUGCGUCUGAUCGAGCUCGAAAUCGUGUAUUUCUGCAGCUGUGGAACGAUUCUCUAACAUUCCAACGUGGGCUGUAACAUGCAGCCGCGCUUAUGUCAGCGCCUGCGCACAUGUGCUUCACCCGAAGCUGCAGCCGGAACAUAAUACGUCGUGUAGUGUAGUCACGUGCCAUGCGUGCUCCGACCCGAGACCGAGAGCGGCGCCAAAGCUCGAGGACGGGUGCGCGCACGUAGCGCCAGAUCUAGCAGCGGCAUUGUACCCUCAUGGCGCGCCGGGACGGCACUGCUCGCUGCGUGUGCUGGCUGCCAGUCUGUCUUCCCUGUCCGUCGGGACGUGACCCACAAAGGCUGGACGUGUUCGGGUCAGACGCGCCGUGUUUUAUCCGCGCUGUGCGUACCGUCGGCAGCGUGUAGUGUGCGUGUGUUGAUGUGUGUUUUAAACAUUUUGAAAUAUACUUAAUGCUGUGCCA